UGGGUUUAUUUAAUCUCUACUGGAAGAAAAGAUUAUAUCCAAUCUGGCCUCAAAUAAACCUUUAAGCAGGUGUUGAGUCUCAACACCUUUCCGCAAAGUUCUGAAGCAGGUUCUGAGGGUAUUGUUUACUCUAUUUAACAUGGAUCAAGAACUUGGAUGUUCUCGGGAUCAACUUCUCCAUGUAGACAUUACCAUUGAUGAGCAAGAACCCAGGGAGGGAAUCUUAAACCUUGUGAGGAAACUCCGUCCAGACUGGAAGGCACAGCACAUCCAGAUGAAGACAUUCACAGAAGGCAUCACUAACCAGCUGAUUGGCUGCUACGUUGGCAACCUCCAGGACUCUGGUUGUGUUCUUGUCCGUCUUUACGGCAGAAUGACAGAACUUUAUGUGAAUCGCGAUCGAGAGGUAGAGAUGUUCCAGGUGUUCCACGCCCAUGGCUGCGGCCCCGAGAUCUACUGCAGCUUCCAGAAUGGCAUCUGUUACGAGUUUGUCCCCGGAAAUGUGUUGGAAGAUAAGCUACUGCAACAGCCAUCCAUCUACAGAUUGAUCGCAGCCGAGAUGGGAAAAAUCCACUCGAUUCAGCCAAAACGGGGCAGGCCUACGCAGCCUUUGCUCUGGACCAAGAUGUCUCAUUUUCUUUCUCUGGUGAAGAGCAGCAUCCCCAGGACCCCAACUGAGCAGACAUGCACAAAAAGCUCCGUGGCUCUCUGCAAAUUGCCCAGCUAUGAGACAUUGAUGAUGGAGAUGGAGUUGCUGAAGAUACACCUCUCUCCAUUGGAUUCGCCGAUUGUCCUCUGCCACAACGAUCUUCUCACAAAGAACAUUAUAUACAACAGCCAAGAAGGCACAGUGAAAUUCAUCGACUACGAGUAUGCUGAUUACAACUACCAGGCUUUUGAUAUCGGGAAUCACUUCAAUGAAUUUGCUGGUGUGACUGAUGUGGACUACAGCCUGUAUCCCAGCCAGGAGCUGCAGAGGGACUGGCUGACGGCCUAUCUGCAGAGCUACAAGCACAGCACGGGCCUCGAGGUCACAGUUACAGACGCAGAAGUCACGCGGCUCUACAUUCAAGUCUGCAAAUUUUCACUCGCAUCCAACUUCUUCUGGGGUCUCUGGGCCAUCCUGCAGUCCCAAUACUCCUCUAUUAACUUCGACUUCCAAAGGUAUGCCAUAGCACGACUCAGUUACUACUUUGAAAAGAAAGAAGAAUACUUUGGAUUGUCACUGAGCCAGUUAACCAACUCAACCUCUAAAUAAAGCCUUUAAAAGAUCUGAUCUGCAUUUGAGUUUUUAUUGACUCAAUGUGGUACAAACUGUUGUUAAAAUGUAAAGGCAUGGAAUCAGCCUAUAAAAUGCUCCCUUUGUUUGUUAUUUCAGUCCAUAGGGAGAUUUAAUGUGUUUUCCUAUCACCGUGAUUUAUUGAAUAUUUAUAUUACCACAGUCAGUAUGCCGAUAAGCCUGUUUGGCAAAUUGAGACAAAGCUCAUGCCAGAGAAGCAUUAAUUGUCCCCGCAGCCAAGUUGCAUAAAGCCACAAAAACUGAGCCUGGUCAUAAAAGCCA